ACAGCCCCUGAGUCGUUGCCCCGGAAACCCUGUCCGCCUUUCGUGUGUGCGAGUGAGGAGGCUGGCGGCCGCCAUUUCAGGGAGUCACAGGACUUGGCCAUUACACGGCUCUGUAACACUUCCCGCCCCAAAACUUCCCCUUUCCUCUCUCUCUAUUUCCAUUCCUUGCCUGCCUCCUCCGACCGGCCGCUCUUACUCCGCUCAGUAACGACGCCUGCCUUGUUCUCUUUAUAGAUAAUCCGCCCCAAUUGUUCUUUUUCCUCUCUAACCAAGCUCCGGGUCUUCUACGCCGACGAGCACCGACGUCCGCCCCCAAUUAGACCGCACGGGGGUCCCCUGAACGAUCAAAAAAAUGGCUGAUGACAUUGACAUAGAGGCGAUGCUGGAAGCUCCUUAUCAAAAGACUUGCCUAACGAUAUAUCACCUCUACUCCCAUGAAUUCACCUUUGAUUCCAGUGUGAACUGUCAAUCAUAAGGUAGUAAUUGAGUGACGUAUCGCUGUACCGUGAUCCCCUAGGUAAAAAGACUUGCCAAUGACCUGCCGAGCUCCGGUUUGGCAUAGCAACAAGGUGAAUGCAGUGGUUUUUGGGAUAAGCGGGGCUCCAAGAAUAACCACUUCUCAGCAGAUACCAGUUGGCUCAUCCUAGUCAUUGUAAAAGAUGAGGAUACAUUUUUUCCCAGUAAUUGAAACGAAGGCCUCCUACUCGAACAAAAAGCAUUCAGCCUUUGUUUAAAGCAUGUAAUCCCCCUUUAAAACAAAAAUACUCCAGUUUAAAUGCAGUAACCUGUGAUAGCUGCUGUGCUGUCAGGAGCCAUGAGUGCAGCUCAGCUUUUUAAUGAAACUGAAUAGUGUAACUGCUUUUAUUGCUGCAAAGCUCCUCUUUAGGAGUUGAAAAAUGGCCCUUUAUACCCUGUUACAGCACAUGGGGGUUUGUCUUUUUGCAUGCAGUAGCACAGAAAAGCCUAGAAUAGUCUUAACUGGUCUUUAAAAAGACUGAAUAUCCCUAUGUGGGAUUUUUACCCAAUCAUUUCUAUUAGCCCAAACUUAUAGUUAUAUAUUUUUAUAGCUACAUGACCCCUUACAUAAGAUGGAUACUUCCAUGUACAGGUAUGUUGUUAGAAAAAUGUAUGCUGGGCAGGUACAUAUUUGCUGACAUUUCUUGGGAGUCGACGUUACUAAAGCAGUGUGAAUCCCUGUUUGCUUCAGGGCGAGAUGUGUGACAGAGGUGGCAUCAAGCUCUUACAGUCCCAACCCUUCAACGAAAAUGGGCGAAGAUCACAGGAAUGGCAUCGGUCACAGGAAAUGGAUAGUGGCUGGCUGCUAUCAUGGCCUCUUGGGCCUUAGUCAAACAGUAGCCUUGGAUGAGAACAAGUUGAGCAGUGCCAAUGGACAUGAAGAACGCAGCAAAAAGAAAAAAAAAAGUAAAAGUAGGAGCCGCAGUCGUGAGAGGAAACGCAGCAAGAGUAAGGAACGUAAACGCAGCAGAGAUCGGGAAAGAAAGAGAAGUAAAAGCCGUGAAAAGAAACGCAGCCGGAGUAAGGAACGGCGGAAAAGCCGCUCCAGAAGCAGAGAGCGCAAGUUCAAAGGCCACUACAGAAGUCCUUAUUCUGGACCAAAGUUUGGCGGUGGCUCUGGGCGUGGGAAGAUAGGAAUACCUCAUGGCGUGAAGUUAAGGAAAAGGUCAAAGAGCAGAAGUCCUCCGAAGAGAGAGAAAAGUCCUGUAAGGGGUCCAAUAGAUAAUCUGUCUCCUGAAGAGAGAGAUUCGCGCACUGUGUUCUGUAUGCAACUGGCUGCUAGGAUUCGCCCAAGAGAUUUGGAAGAAUUUUUCUCAACAGUAGGCAAAGUCCGUGAUGUGCGAAUGAUUUCAGACAGAAAUUCCAGGCGCUCCAAAGGCAUUGCUUAUGUAGAAUUUGUGGAUCAGAGCUCUGUGCCGCUUGCAAUUGGCCUUACAGGCCAGAGAGUUUUAGGAGUCCCAAUAAUAGUCCAGGCUUCACAGGCAGAAAAAAACAGAGCCGCUGCAUUAGCCAAUAAUCUUCAGAAAGGCACUGCUGGGCCAAUGCGCUUGUAUGUAGGAUCAUUACACUUCAAUAUAACAGAAGACAUGCUUCGUGGCAUAUUUGAGCCUUUUGGCAGGAUUGAAAGUAUUCAGCUUAUGAUGGACAGUGAGACUGGUCGCUCUAAAGGAUAUGGGUUUAUUACUUUUUCAGAUUCUGAAUGUGCCAAAAAAGCAUUGGAGCAGUUGAAUGGGUUUGAACUGGCUGGCCGGCCAAUGAAAGUUGGCCAUGUCACUGAGCGAACUGAUGCAUCCAAUGCAAGCUCAUUUCUUGACAGCGAUGAGCUGGAAAGGACAGGAAUUGACCUUGGAACUACUGGCCGUCUUCAGCUAAUGGCUAGGCUUGCAGAGGGCACUGGUUUGCAGAUCCCUCCAGCAGCACAACAAGCUCUACAGAUGAGUGGCUCAUUAGCUUUUGGAGCAGUAGCAGAUCUCCAGACAAGAAUUUCUCAGCAGAGUGAAGCACUGGCUGCUGCAGCUGCAUCUGCAGCUACCAUUUCUUUGGCACAAUCCCCGCUACCUACCCCCGCAACUACUCAACCCAUUGCUACACAGUGCUUCCAGCUUUCCAACAUGUUUAACCCACAAACAGAGGAUGAGCUAGGCUGGGACUCUGAAAUUAAAGAGGACGUCAUGGAGGAAUGCAAUAAACACGGGGGAGCCAUUCACAUUUAUGUAGAUAAAAACUCCCCUCAGGGCAAUGUCUAUGUCAAAUGUUCAACCAUUACAUCUGCUAUUGCUGCUGUUAACGCUCUGCACGGGAGGUGGUUUGCUGGUAAGAUGAUCACCGCUGCUUAUGUACCAGUCCCAACGUACCACAGCCUGUUCCCUGAUUCCAUGACCUCAACUCAGCCUUUGUUUCCUUCUCGCCGAUGAAUGGACAAGAAUACCAUUUUGUAUAUAUGCUUUUUUCGAGAGAGACUGGUCUUUUUAUUUAGAUGGAGGUACAGAGAGAAGGUCAUUGGUGUAUAAGAUUGUGAAAUACAAGUAAAUGCUUGUACCGGCUAAUUCAUUGCUUAUGCUGCCUCGCUGUCUCUGUAGAAUAGAUGAUCGGCAUCUUGAGAAAGGGCAGAUGUAAAAAGAUCUUCUUUCACUUCAGGUCCAGCACACGGGAAGUGUUCAGCUACAGCAUUUUGAUCCUUAACCCCCUAUUAAAUGGCUUAAAUGUUUAAUUUUACGGCAAUCCUUGUACAUGAAUUAUGUCCAUUAAACAUUUUGACAUCAAUACAGUUGGAACCUUCGUUCGGUAGUCGAUUUCUGUACUCGUUCUUUUCUUUUGUACAUAGUGUCAAGGUGUUUAAGUACCAAACAAUCGCCACUGUGUUUCCACUUCCAGGUAAACGAGUUGUACAAAACGCAGCAGUUUUAAAUGGCUGCCAGGGAAUACAAGGGGGUAUUUGGGCUGGCCGCAUAUAAUCCUUUGCUCUUUAAGCUCUGUGAGCUCUGAAAUAUAUACUUUUGUUAAUUUGGUGUGUUUGACAAAACCGCUUGAUAUUUCUAUGAAACUUUCAUAUUUCAACAAUCUUUGUAAAGAAGCUCUCUAAAAUAAAGAUCUUUAGAAAAAUUGUCA